GUGCUGCAGCAUUCACCACACUUGUGUCUCUGUGUGACCACACAGAAACAGAGGGGGAGAGAGAGAGAGCGAGGGAGAGAGAAAGAGAGAAAGGUGACAGAGUCAAGGGCCAAAUAUUCUGAAGGAAGUUUUUUUCUUUGAUGCUUUUUCCCCACAAGGGAGAAUAACCUGCCUGGCCCUGCUGACUUGCUAAAGAAUUGCAAGGCAACUAGCAGUGGACAUGGCUCUGCUAAGUUGCCAACUUUGUAAAAAGCGGGGAGUUUUGAGAUGCCUGCUUGUGGUGUUUUCUCUGAGCUUCCUUUUUGCCUCAGUAGAUGCUGAGCCAUUUGACCCCGCUCACCUCUAUCGCCACAGAUCAGGACCUAACGAAGACAACACCAUCCUUGCUAAUAAUGGGAUCAGGGUUCCUUUUGGGAGGUCUGUAUUUCUUGACCCUUUUAGUGACCUGGUGACAGAAGUGCAGCCUGGUGACCGCUGCCACAUCACAGUUUUGGAGAAUGAUCCCUUGGCCCAGAAACCAGGGAUGCUGACCCCUAAAAGGUUUCCCUGCACAUUUGGACCAGAUGAAGUGAAAUACACUCAUUUUGGAUCUCGGAGCCCCAGCAAGGACCGUGUGAAGCUGCAGCUUCGUUAUGACUCCCAGACAGACACGGUUAUCAUCCCCUUCAUGUUGGAAGUGGAGGUGGUUUUCCAGCAGCUUGAGAUCCUCACCAGGAAUAUGCCUCUUAAUGUAGAAAAGCUCAGUGGCGACAGCAACCCUAUUGACAAGAAAGGUCUGGAGUUUUCCUUUGAAGAUGGUGUCACACAGUGCAAAAUCACCACUCUGGUUGGUGCUGGAGGUCUUCCCAGGUAUGGCACUCUUUUGAAUAAUCCUGCCAGUGGUAAAAUGAUUGACUGUGAUGAGUUUGUGAAACAGGGCAUCCGCUACAAGCACACAGCUGAAACAAAAUCGCCCAACAGAGACUAUAUCCCAAUGAUGGUGGAGCUGCAGGAUAAUGACGGCAACACUAUCAUGCAAGAGCAUUUCCAAAUGAUGGUUAGGAUCAGAGAGGGCGCCGAAAACACAGCUCCUAAACCCAGCUUUGUAGCAAUGAUGAUGAUGGAGGUUGAUCAGUUUGUGAUGACAGCUAUUACAAACGACAUGUUAGCUGCUGAAGAUGUUGAAUCCGAUCCAGAUGAUUUAAUCUUUAAUAUUACUUCACCACUGAGCCCUGAGCAGGGUUACAUCUUUAGCACAGAUGAUCAGAACCUGCCUAUCACCUCCUUCUAUCAGAGAGAUAUCAAAGAUCUUAAGAUUGCUUAUAAACCUCCCUCAGAUGACUCAGGAGUGGAAAGGAUUUUCCAGCUAGAGUUUGAAAUUGUUGACACUGAUGGUGCUGUGUCCGAAACAUUUGCUUUUAUGAUUAUGGUAAAGCCUAUGAAUACCUUGGCUCCUGUGGCAACCAAAAAUACAGGCCAGCUAUUGUUUGAGGGGCAGUCUCGACCACUUUCCAGCUCCCAGAAUUUAGAGAUUAGUGAUGAGGAUAACUUAGAAGAUGUGAGAAUAACUGUUGUUGAUGGUUUAAAGCAUGGAGCCUUGACUGUGCUUGGAACGCGUAGGAAAUUCUUUUCACCUGCCGAUCUAGACGCUGGGAUUGUAGUGUACCAGCAUGACGGCAGUGAUACCUACAGCGACAACAUUAUUUUUAGAAUGACUGAUGGCAGUAAUGAAGUGGAGUUUUUGUUUCCUAUCACCAUUGCUCCCACUGAUGACGAACCCCCUAUUAUCAAUGCUAACACCGGUCUUGUGCUCUUUAAGAAUGAAGUCAUGCAGCUCUCACCUUUCAUCCUGAGUGCAACAGAUAUUGAUUCAGAGGAUUCCACCAUAAAAUUUAUUUUAGAGGCGCCCUACUCAACCGUUGGGGAGCUGCUGUUAAGGCAGGUUGAGCCUCCAUCUGAUCCGUCUCUCUGGAAGUUCAGUGAAACAGAUGAGAUGUUUGAGCAGGUGGUGACUGAGUGGUUUCAGCAGGAUAUUCUUGAUGGAAAGUUGUUCUAUCAUCAUAUCGGACCCCACAGCACCACCACUGUGAUUGAUCACUUUGUGUUCCGGGUCCAAGAUGAUAAUGAUCCUCCCAAUCAGUCAGGCGAGCAUAUGUUCACCAUCAAAAUCCACCCUGUCGAUGACCUUACCCCAGAACUUUUCCCAGGCACCACUCUUCACAUGACAGUUCAGGAGUACGAGCUGACACACUUCAAGAAGAAAUUCCUGUGUUAUAGUGACUUAGAUUCAGAUGACAGGGAUAUCAAGUAUACCAUCACUAAGGCCCCAACUGAUACUGAUGAGAACAAUCCAGGGCCCUUAGGUGAAAUUGUACUGACUGACAGCCCUGACACUGUAAUUACAGAGUUCACACAGGCACAGGUUAAUCACCAUAAAGUAGCUUACAAGCCUCCAGACCAGGAGCUGGGAAUCACUCCAAAAGUAGCUCAGUUCACAUUCAUUGUGGAGGACACAGCUGGAAACACAGCAGAUGGACUAUUCACCAUUUUCCUACAGCCUGUUGACAAUAAACCACCAGUUAUCACCAACACAGGGUUCACUGUGAUGGAAAGAAGGUCAUAUAUCAUUACAAGGAAGGAGCUACAUGCCACUGACACAGAUACAGAUGAAGAAAAUAUCAUCUUCACAGUGACCCAGAUUCCUCGUUAUGGGCAGCUGCAGUAUUUGGGGAUUGACAUGUCAAACAGGGAAACGUUUGUGAUUGAAGACAUUGCAAGUGGCCGUCUAGCCUACAUCCAUAGUGGAGAAGAAUCCCUUAGUGAUGUUAUCAAGAUUGAUGUGAGUGAUGGAUUCCAUGAGGUACCUAUUUCCAUGAAGAUCACCAUCGAGCCUGUUGAUGACGAGACCCCUACAAUCAUGCUCCCAGCCGGCCUGCUUGGUGCCUCCAUAGAUGUACUAGAAAAUGGAGCCACAGAGAUUACAACCAAUGUCAUUCAGGGCCGUGAUGAAGACACAGAUGACCUCAUCCUCACCUUCAUUGUAGAAGAACCUCCCAGACGUGGUGAAAUACUGGUUAAUGGUGCACCUGCAGAGAGAUUCACUCAGGAAGACAUCAUUAACGGUGCAGUGGUUUAUGCUCACACAUCCGGUGAAAUUGGUCCAUUCAAAGAGUAUGAUUCUUUCAACCUUACUCUGUCUGAUAUGUCGGAUCAGUGGGUCGUUGGGGGCAACAAGGUCCAGGGUGUGACAAUUCACGUCACCAUCCUACCUGUUGACAGUAUUUCACCUAUAGUCAGUGUUGGAGAGCAGUUUGUUGUUGUGGAGGGAGAGAAAAAUGUCAUCACUCUGGAACACAUCCAAGCUGAAGAUAUUGACACAGACAACGAGGAUAUCCUCUGCACCAUCAUUGUCCAACCAACAUCUGGUUACGUGGAAAACAUUGCUCCAGCUGCAGGCUCUGAGAAAUCCAGAACAGGGAUAGCAAUCACUGCCUUCAGCAUUAAAGAUAUUGCCCUUGGUCACAUCUACUAUGUCCAAAGCAUCCACAAAGGUGUCGAACCAGUGGAAGAUCGUUUCACCUUCCGUUGUUCAGAUGGUAUAAACUUCUCUGAACGUCAUUUCUUCCCUAUAGUCAUCAUUCCAGCCAAUGAUGAGAAGCCUGAAAUAUUUAUUCGUGAGUUUGUGGUAAUGGAAGGCAUGAGUCUGGUAAUUGAUACACCAAUUCUCAAUGGGGCUGAUGCUGACAUCCCUGGGGAUGAGCUGCACUUUGAGAUCAUCAAAAAACCCCAGCAUGGUACAAUAGUUCAGCAGCUUAGUACCGGCGCCGUCCCUGUAGAUACAUUUGACUUGGAACAAAUCAAAGAGGCGUCCAACAUUGUCUAUGAACAUGAUGACUCUGAGACCAAAGAAGACAGCUUUGUAAUCAGACUUUCAGAUGGGAAAAAUACAGUGGAAAAAAAGGUUCUUAUCAUGGUUAUUCCCGUUGAUGAUGAGACACCAAGGAUGGCUAUAAACGAUGGCCUUGAUGUGGAAAUUGGAGAGACAAAAGUAAUCAGCAACAGGGUUUUAAAAGCCACAGAUCUAGACUCUGAAGACAAAGAGCUAAUAUACAUUGUGCAGUAUGGCCCAGGCCAGGGUUACGUCCAGCGAAUCAACAAAUUUGGAGAUGUUUUAGGUAACAUCACCCGGGGAAUGAAUUUCACACAGGACGAAAUUGACAAACAGCUCAUUCAGUAUGUACACACAGGCCAGGAAGGAAUCCGUGACCUGCUGAAAUUUGAUGUCACAGAUGGCAUCAAUCCCCUCAUUGACCGUUACUUUUACAUUAACAUUGGAAGCAUUGACAUGGUCUUCCCAGAUGUAAUCAACAAAGGUGUGACUCUCAGGGAAGGUGGAAAAGUCACUCUUACCACUGACCUCCUAAGCACUACAGACAUCAACAGUCCUGAUGAAUUCCUCAGCUUUAGCAUCACAAGAGCACCGAGCAGAGGCCACUUAGAGAACACUGACCACCCUGGUGUUCCCAUCUCCACCUUCACCCAACUGCAGCUUGCUGGCAACAAGGUCUACUACAUCCACACCUCUGAUGAUGAAAUGAAAAUGGACAGUUUUGAAUUUGAGGUAACAGACGGUUACAAUCCUGUCUUCCGGACAUUUAGAGUGUCCAUCACUGAUGUGGAUAAUAAGAAACCUGUCCUGACUAUAAACAGGCUAGUUGUUGAAGAGGGCGAAACUAAACUCAUCACGCCUUUUGAGUUGACAGCUGAGGAUCGGGACACACCAGACAACCUGUUGCGUUUCAUAGUAACCCAGGUGCCAGUGCACGGGCAGCUGCUUUUCAACAAUACCCAACCAAUCACAACCUUCACCAAGCAAGAUCUAAAUGAGAACCGUAUUAGCUACAAGCACGACGGCACUGAGACAAACGAAGACAGCUUCUCCUUCACUGUCACAGAUGGCACGCAUACAGAUUUUUAUGUCUUUCCAGACACUGUAUACGAAACACGCAAACCCCAGAUGAUGACCAUAUACAUAAACACAGUGGACAAUGGUGUGCCCCAGAUUGUGGUCAAUAAGGCUGCAGCCUCACUGAAGGUCCUCCAAACUGGCCACGUGGGAUUUGUGAUCACAAGCAAGGCCAUUCGAUCAGAGGAUCGUGACAGUCCCAACAGAGUCCUGAAAUACAGUAUUUCUCAGGCUCCUCUACAUGGCUUCAUCAUGAACAGUGCCCAGGGCAAUGACAGCAUCAGUACCUUCACACAAGCUGACAUCAACGACAUGAAGAUCAGCUAUGUGCUGUUGGAUGGCAGCAACGCCACAAGUGAUAUCUUCUACUUCACAGUUCAAGACAGUGGUGGAAACAAACUAAAGCCUCAGCCUUUCAGGCUCAACUGGGCCUGGAUCUCUCUGGAGCGGGAAUACUACUUGGUGGAUGAAGAUGCCAAAUACCUGGAGGUGACGCUGAAGCGCAGAGGCUACCUGGGGGAGACAUCCUUUGUCAGUAUUGCCACUAAAGAUGGCACCGCUGAGAAGGACAAGGACUUCCGAGGUAAAUCUCAGAAACAGGUGCAGUUCAAUCCUGGCCAGACCACAGCCACCUGGAGGGUGAAGAUCUUCACAGACCAGGAGUUUGAGACCUCCGAGACCUUUGAGAUACAGCUGUCAGACCCAGUCAUGGCUGUGCUGGAGUUUCCAGACGUGGCAACAGUGGAGAUUGUGGAUCCUGGAGAUGAAUCAACAGUGUUCAUUCCUCAAGCGGAGUUCAAAAUUGAGGAGGAUAUUGGAGAGCUGCUGGUGCCUGUGCGGCGCUCUGGAGAUGCCAGCCAGGAACUCAUGGUUGUUUGUUACACCCAGCAAGCCACGGCCGCCGGCACCAUACCUAGCACGGUCCUUUCCUACUCUGAUUACAUCACCCGGCCUGAGGACCACACGAGCGUUCUGCGCUUUGACAAGGGUGAGCGUGAGAAACUCUGCCGCAUCAUCAUCAUCGACGACUCGCUGUACGAGGAGGAAGAGAGCUUCAAUGUCAGCCUCAGCAUGCCGAUGGGCGGCCGAGUGGGCGCCAACUUCCCGACGGCCAAAAUCACCAUCCUGGCAGACAGUGAUGAUGAGCCCUCGUUGUAUUUUGGUGAACCUGAGUAUGCCGUGGAUGAGAGUUCAGGCUACGUCGAGGUAAAGGUUUGGAGGACAGGGACUGAUCUGUCCAAGACCGCUACUGUUAUGGUUCGCUCCAGGAAGAGUGAGAUUGUCUCUGCAGAGGCUGGACUGGACUACGUCGGCAUUAGCCGUAACCUGGACUUUGCUCCUGGUGUGACGAUGCAGACAUUUAGAGUGACAAUUCUUGAUGAUCUGGGUCAGCCGGAGCUAGAGGGGCCUGAGACCUUUGACCUUAUAUUACGGAUGCCCAUGAAUGCUGUGUUAGGAGAACCCAGCAAGACCACCAUCACCAUCAACGAUACCUUUACUGACUUGCCAAAGGUUCAGUUUAAAGAAGGCAGCUACAAGGUGGAUGAGUCUGAUGGGGAGGUUACAGCCAUAGUGUACCGCAGUGGAGACAUCAGCCUCGUGUCCACAGUGCGCUGCUACACUCGCCAAGGCUCUGCUCAGGUCAUGAUGGACUACAGUGAGAGGCCCAAUACUGAUGCAUCAAUCAUCACUUUCCAACCAGGUGAGACUGAGAAGCCUUGUGUUGUUAGUCUGAUGGACAACUCUGCCCAUGAAGAGGAGGAAGAGUUCCGCCUGGUCCUGGGAACGCCAAAGAGCAAGUCUCCAUAUGGAGCCUCUAUUGGGGAGCAGAAGGAAGCACUGGUCACAAUCACAGAUGAGAAAGACAAGCCCAUCAUCCGAUUCUCUGAGAUCAAGUACAGCGUGCGCGAACCCCAGGUCAAAGGAAAUAUUGCAGUUGUGAAGAUUCCUAUCCUUCGUAUCGGAGACACCUCAAAGGUCUCGGUGGUGAGAGUGCACACCAAAGAUGGCUCUGCGACCUCUGGAGAGGAUUACAACCCACUGUCAGAGGAUGUUGAGUUCAAAGAGGGGGAGAAGGAACACUUUGUGGAGAUUGAGAUCCUCUAUGAUGGUCAGAGAGAGAUGAGAGAGGCCUUCACUGUCCACAUGAAGCCUGAUGACAACAUGGUGGCGGAAAUACAGAUGAACAAGGCCAUUGUGUACAUUGAGGAGAUGGACAGUGUAGCAGAUGUUACCUUCCCUGCAGUGCCACACGUGGUUUCCCUGCUCAUGUAUGAUGACACUGGGAAAACCAAAGACAAGCCCCACCCAUCCAAUGGAUACCCUGUUGUUUGUGUGACGGCCUGCAACCCUAAGUACCACGACUUUGAUAAAACUGGUUCCAUCUGCUCUGCGGAGAACAUUAACGACACUCUUACCCAGUACCGCUGGAUGGUCAGUGCUCCCACUGGGUCAGAUGGUGUGACCAGCCCCAUGAGGGAGGUGGACACUAACACGUUCUUCACCAACACCAAGUCCAUCACCUUAGAUUCAGUCUACUUCCAAGCUGGCUCCAGAAUUCAGUGUGCAGCUAGAGCCUUCAAUGCAAAUGGAGACGCAGGCCUAGAGCUAUCCAGUCCCAUUAGUGUGGUCAGCAAAGAGGAAGGGAUGUGUCAGCCUCGUGUCGCGGGUACCGUUGGAGCCGAACCUUUCUCUGCUAAGAUCCGGUACACUGGCCCAGACGACCCAGACUUCCCCAACCUAAUCAAACUGACUGUCACCAUGCCUCACAUGGAUGGCAUGUUACCGGUGAUUUCCACACGACCUCUGUCCAACUUUGAGCUCACCCUGAGCCCAGAUGGCACACGAGUGGGCAACCACCGCUGCUCUAAUUUACUGGACUUCAAUGAGAUCCAAACCGGACAUGGCUUCAUCACUGACGCAACAAAGAACCCGGAAAUCAUCGGCGAGACGUCACCCUACCAAUACAGCAAUAUUAUGCGUUCAUCCAACUCUCUCCGCUUCUAUAGGAACCUCAACUUAGAGGCCUGCCUCUGGGAGUUCACUAGCUACUACGACAUGUCAGAGCUUCUGAAUGACUGUGGAGGCUCUAUAGGCACAGAUGGACAGGUGCUGAACCUCGUCCAGUCGUAUGUCACCUUGCGUAUCCCGCUGUUCGUGUCCUAUGUCUUCCACUCUCCUGUGGCUGUGGGAGGCUGGCAGCACUUUGACCUGCAGUCAGAGCUAAAACUCACCUUUGUGUAUGAUACGGCUAUUCUGUGGCAGGAUGGUAUUGGCAGCCCUCCUGAAUCUGAGCUACAAGGAGCCAUGUACCCCACCAGCAUGCGUAUAAAUGAAGAGGGUCGUCUGGUUGUCAACUUUAAGACUGAGGCUCGCUUCAGGGGACAGUUUGUUAUGUCUCAUCCAGGAACCAGCAUGGCAUCCAUGGUGAUGUGUGCUGACCACCCAGGACUGACGUUCUCUCUUGCCCUGGUCAGAACUGAGCCCACAUACAACCAGCCCAUGCAGCAGUGGAGUUUUGUCUCAGACUUUGCUGUGCGAGACUACUCUGGAACCUAUACAGUGAAGGUGACUCCCUGCAUUGCUUCCCCCAAUGGGGAGUUCAGCAUCCCUCCUGUCUGCCACCCAAGAGAGCCUCUAACCUUUGACAUGGACAUACGCUUCCAGCAGGUGAGCGACCCAGUUGCAGCAGAGUUCAGCCUCAACACUCAGAUGUUCCUGCUGUCCAAGAAGGAGUUGUGGUUGUCUGAUGGCUCCAUGGGCUUUGGAGAAGGCUCCGAUGCUGCUUUCACAGAGGGCUCCUCGAUCUACGGACGGGUGAUGGUGGACCCAGUCCAGAACCUGGGUGACUCAUUCUCCUGCAGCAUUGAGAAAGUCUUCCUCUGCACAGGAGCAGAUGGCUACGUUCCAAAGUACAACCCCACCAACAAAGAGUAUGGCUGCCUGGCAGACGCUCCAAGUCUGCUUUACAGAUUCAAAAUCCUGGACAAGGCCCAGCCAGAGACUCAAGCUUCAGUAUUUGGUGAUGUUCCUUUUAAGGCCUCGUUGGCCCAAGACACACCUGAAGCUCUUCCUUUGGCCAGACAGCCAGGAUCAGAUGGCUUCACACUGUCUUCAUCUCCUCUUUUCCAGGUGGCUACUGGUCGAGAAUGGUUCAUCCACACUAUCUACACUGUCCGCUCCAGAGAAAAUGCUAAUCGCAACAUUGGCAAGCGCAGUGUUGAGUAUCUCCAUCACAGUGUGUCCUCUGUUGAGCCUCAGAUGCCCAACAAGGCCACUCGCCUCCGCCGUGCUGCCCCUGCUUUGCCUGGCCCUAAUGUGGCCCAGGACAUUGGUGUUGAAAACAACCGAGGAACCAACAUCCAGCAUAUUGCUCUGGACCGAACAGACCGCAUGGUGGUCAGCCAGCGCCAACCCUGGUCCCCUAACCAUGACGCGCUCCUGGAGCGCCCCCUGCUGGAGAGUUCGGGCAGAGAGGAGGGUGACAGUUCCACCCUGCCCAUGUUAGUGGGCGUUGCAGGUAUGAUCCUCCUCAUUUGCCUCAUCGCCACAAUUGUCAUUCUGCUGCUGAAACGCAAGAAAAGGGAAAAGAAGAAUCAGUUCCCUCCUUACUCCUCCUCUUCCUCUUCUGCCUACAAUGGCUACAGCCAAGGCCCAGCGGGCAUAUGGAGCAAUCCAGACAGCUCCGAGGUCUAGAUGUGGACCUCCUCCACCUUUAACAAUUGUCCAUGAUUAAAAGACUAUAUCUUCUCUUUCACCAUUGUGCCUUCAUUACCCUACUCUAGCAGCACUAAGGAGCCAAGAACAACCUGUGACAAGCACAAUAAAUCAAUGCUCGGGCCCACACACUGUUUCAAUGCCCCAGUUUCCUGAGGCUUUCUGAUAUUUGACGGUGGUUUGUCCUUGCUGUAAUGUACUAUGUUAUUGCAUUUUGCAGCCUACUCUGAAUUGUGGAUUUACCUAAAAUAUUCACCUGCUUUAUUGAUUGCGAUGACGUAAAAUAUCCCUCUUAAUUCAAAUGUACGGCAAUUAUUUACCAAGUAAACCGCAAACAGAACUCCAUAAUAUUCAAUGUUCCUUCUUCCUCCAUGUUUUUUAUUGUUAUUCAAUGUGUUCAUUAUUUUGUGUAGAGCAAAUUUGACUGAAUGUUAGUUGAGGCUGACUUCAAUGAAUGAUUAUGCGAUGAUUUUUAUUUUUUAUUAUCUGUUUUAAAAAGCCUGCAGUGUACUUGCCACCUGCUGAGUUACUAAUACCACUAUGGUGUCAUUGAAAGGGAUUUUAAAUGUUAUUUUUCUUGAGAAUGCAGAAAUACUUAAACAUUUUUAAAACCUUCAGGUUAAUGUGGUUGAAGCCAGAUGCAAAACUCUCUCUGUACAUAUCAUUGCAGAAGUAUGAAAAUAAAGGUAUUACACCCUGGUGAAACUUGAAAUAUCAGGAACUACAUAAUUCUAGUUUGCAGAAAUAAACAAGUGCAGUAUCAAAAUGAUAAAUAUUUCUCUACAGCCAACAGUGUAUUUCAAUGUGCAAAUUGUUAUUAUAAUUUUGUGGCUAAUUGAUUGUGUCAGUUUCAAGUGUUUAAAUGUUGAUACACUUCCAACAGCCAAAUAUAAAUGUCCUUUUUUGAA